GAUGCCGAACCAAGCCGGAGCCCACCGACAACGACGUCACUAUAUCUCGUUCUUUCGUUUUUCGCCUGCUGCGUGCGAAGGAGAGAGGAAAAAACGGCUCUCAGCAAAGCAACAAGAAGGAAGAGCAAUGGCGACACUGGAUCGCCAAAUACCAAGUCCGGAUACCUUCCUUUGCGAGCCUUGGUCUUCCUUCGUCAGUGCGGCUAAAUUACGUUUUGUUGACAGUAAGUUCGCACGUCGGUAGCGUUGUUGUUUUUGCGGACAAACUGUCGGGAAGUGCGUGGUCUAACUGCCUGUGUUUGAGUUGAGUAAGCUCCUCCACCAUGCAGGGUCUGUCAAAGCGCAGCAAAGUAACUGUCAAAAAAUAUUACUACGAAAUGCAAUAUUAAUAGGUUGCUUUAACAGUCUUGCAAAAGCGCGUGUGCGAAGCUAACCGCAGAGUUUGUACCAUUGGCGCGUGCAGUAAUGAUAUCCUCAACUGUCCAGCUACUCGUCCUUGGAUAAGAGCGAGAAACAGCUUUACUGCCUCGCUGAAGCCGUGGGGCUCAGCAAAGAAGAGAUGCUUGUCUGCAGCCAGUUUCCAGCACCGGAGGAUUUUUGUCUUGCUGUCUGCCAUGUCUGCAAUCAGGUGGUCACUCCUCAUGGCAUCCUCACACACUAUGGUAGCUGGGGUAUAGUUUCCAUGUGAGACAAUCAGAGAGAGACAGACAGUCCUGGACCACACCCUCUCAUUCCCUCUCCGACUCUCCCACAAAGACAUGCAUAGCAAAAACCAGAAGCGUCACGGCUCCCCCGCCACCUCCAGGAGCCCCUUGGUCCCCAUGAAGCCCAAAGCACUUGCAGUGGCCCCCGCGGUGGCUCCCAGUCCUGGGGACACGCGGGCCUUCAGGGUCCCUAAAGAUUACCCUCACUCCUGCUUCAGCAAGGCGCCUCUUGCUGUCUAUCCACCAAAGGGGGCACGGAACAGGACGUGUGUAUCCCUUCCAGUCGUAAGCCUGGAGAAGAUGCCCUGUCUCAGCCGUGCCGACUCUACAUCACAUGUGCACCUCACCACCUCCUCUUCCUCCUCCGCCUCCUCCCUCAAACCUCAGUCCCUCACUCCCGCGGCCUCCCAACGAUCCAGCGACAAGCUCGUGAACGGCCGUGGCACCAGCGGGGCGUCCACACCGCGCUCCACCGCUUCGCCAUCAUCUCUGGACGGGCGGCCCAGUCCGGCACGCUCUCCACUUGACAGACGGCUGUCGUCUACACCUUCGCCUUCCCUGCUGGACCGGAAACCCUCCCCGUCCCCUUCCCCUACCCACCGAUCUGGCACUCUGCCACCCUCGUCGUCGUCGCCAUUGGGGAAGAAGCAGCAUAACGGGCCUAAGACUUCCUGCGGGUCACAAAAAAGACUCUCAGGGAGAGUGUUUGAUCCUAACAAGCAUUGUGGAGUCCAGGACCCCGAGACUAAGCGGCCCUGCACACGGUCCCUCACCUGCAAGACUCACUCCUUAACCCACCGCCGAAACGUCUCCGGCCGAAGCAAACAUUUCAACAUCCUCCUGGCCGAACACAAGGGGCGUGCAAAAUUAAAUGAAGGAGCGAAGGAGAAAGACAGGGACAGAUCGCAGGGAGGGAAGGAAGGCAGCAGCCAGAGUAUCAUGUCACAAGAGACCACAUGUCCCAGCAAGCCUCACUGCCCAAAUGGACGACCUCUGUCCAUGCUGAAGCUACGGCUGGCAAAUGCACACAUACCCAGGGUUCCUGGCUCCACCACCUCCACCUCCAGUCCUCCUCCCGCCCCAGCCCUUAACCCAGAGCAGUCUCCCCACAGUUGGGUGGCAGCAGCAGCAGACGGCGGUCGACUUUCCAGUGAUGAGGGAGACGCAGAGACUCUAGAGGACACUGACAGACCUGCCUUUCACUACUCCAAUCGCCACCCACAGCCUUUAGGGUUUUGCGUAUUCAGCAGCAGGCUCAUGGGACGGGGCCACUAUGUGUUUGACAGACGAUGGGACAGGAUGAGGCUGGCGCUCCAGAACAUGGUGGAGAAACACCUGAAUGCACAGAUGUGGAGGAAGGUGCCUCUGGCUGCUGAGAGCCUCCUCUCCCUCUCCUCCUCUGGUACCUCCCCCGUCACUUCCCAACAGACUCCCCCUCCCACCUCCUUCACUUCUCCUCCCCUCUCCUCCCCCUCCAACUCUCUUUCCUACACUGCCACAUUUCCUCAGUCUGCAUCCAUUGCCGGGGUGUUCAGCAUUCGAGACGCUCCGCAGCCCGUCGCCCCAGUUUCUGCACUGGGUAAAGCCCGUAACGGCACGCAUAAAGCCAGCCGCCCAUCCAAAGACAUGGUGGACUCUGUAGUGGGAUCUAAGAGGAGAAAAAACUCUUCCUACUCCUCCUUUUCUCCUUCUUCCUUGUUUCCGACUGUGGAUAAUCAAAAGAGGAACGGCAGCAGCUAUCAUCCAAGGUUACAAGGUUCAGGGGGGGCAGCAGCAACAGCAGCAACCCCAGCCAGGAAAAAGGGACUUGGGCACAGGGGAAGUAGGCUUUGGAGCAGCGGAGAAGACUGGCUGUCGAGAGCCGAUGGGUCUCAAAGCCACAACUCACAGAACAGUCGCGAACUCGGCACGACCAGUAUACCCUACUCACCCAACAGGGAGCCGGCCUCUGCCCCCCAUCAGCCCCUGGCUUCCCCCUCCGGACCCUUGGCUUUUAAAGAAGGAGCAGAGGGGAGGAAGAGGAGGAGUCCCAGCUCGUACACAGGGAAGGCCAGCAAGCUGAGCAGACCGGGCGGGUUGGAGAGCCUCUUUGGGAAUGGGAGCGACAGCGUGGGAAUACUGGCUUCGGGGCCAGAGUCCCCAAGACAUGCCAAGUUGCAUCACUGACAGAAACCUGUUUCAUGGACAGAAUGUUGGGCAGCUGUGCAGCCCACCACCGUUUGUGACCUUUGACCUCACCACUCUUCCGCUGACAGCACCAAUCAGACUGCUUUAUCCCGAUGGUUUCACCCCUAUUCAUCCAAUGACGGUUCAGUUCACCUGCUGUGACAUUGGGGAUCUGGACUCUUUGCCCACAGUUGGCUGGCAGUUACUUUCACUCUCCAACUUUAACCUUUGAUAAUGGAUGGCUCCAUCGCUGAUGGAAAACUGCUGUGCCCUGACUGUGGUCACAGUCUUUAAAGAACAAGAUGGUAGAUUCCAAAAAAUGCAUCCUCUGAAAAAGGGAAUAUGCCUCACGUUUUCAAGGCAUUGGUAAUAUAAUACCACCACUGUACAAUUUUGGGGGAGACCUUUUUUUUUUUUUUUUUAAACAAUCAGUUUAUUUUCUGGUUGUUUUAACCAUUUUCCUGAUUCCUGUGUCUGGUCAGUGACAAGGGAAGAGGUCUGUGAUUGUUAUUGUGAGUAAGAUGGUUGAAGGACCUACUGACACGACUACUGUAGGACUCAGCCUUCAUUUAUGCCACAUCAACACCCCCCACCCCACUUUUUUUCUCUUGAUUUUAGCUUUCCCUCUUCCUCAUAGAUGGAAGACAACAGCAGCUUUAACUUUUGGUUUUAUCCAGCUUUUUCCUCUCUUUCAAACUCUUUUUCUUUAUUUCUCUCCAUCUUUCUUUCCUACUUUUUGUCAACAUCUCUACAAUUCUCAUCUUCCCUUUAUCCCCCCCUCCCCUCUCUCCCUAUCCAUCCCAGCAUGCCUGUGUUCAAAGUGCACUUACAGCCCACGCUUCCCCCUUGCUUCCUUCUUCACUGACUCCAGCAGUGCCACACCAAGGACCUGUUCACACAAGGGAAGAAAAAAAGAUCUAUGUUACCAAUGAUGCCGAUGUAUUUCGAUAUAGGAUUUGAAGAUUGUUUGUUUUUUCUUAGUUCUGGUUUUAAAUGUUGAAAGAAACACAAACUCCUGUCUGUGCAUCAGGACUUGCAUCCAAAAAGGAAUGAUUACUACCAUGUUGGAUCGUUUUUUUUUAAAUCUUUUUUUAAUUUAUUUUAAUUUUUAUAAUUUAUCGUUUGUUUUCCUGUUGACCCUUGAGGUUUGAGCUAAAGAGACUUUUUGAGGAUAAGAGUAAUUUCUAUGGCAUUUUGAAGAAAUGUUGAAAGUAUUAUGAUAGUUCAUAUUGUUGAAAAUGUGUACAUAUCGAUUAUUAUUUUUGUAUUUAUUAAUAAUUGUCCCCUUUUACUAAAUAUGAGCUAAACAGAGUAUUUUUGCCCCCAUACCUAGGUCUGUGUUAAAUGAUAUUGAUGAGAUUGGCCUGAUUUCACAAAAUCUUCAAGGAAUUUGUUCAUUAGCAAGUUUUUAAAUUAUUACUAAUUAAUACACAAACACAGCAAAAUAUGAACUUUGACUGUGGCUGCUGUGUAUGCCAUUUCCAUUUCGCCGUGCAGACAGUUCACAUACCGUGGCCAAUUCUGAAAAAGAAUAUAUAUAUAUAUGUA